UUUCAGGUAUCUCGUUCAAAAUUGAAAAGAUGCAACGCUCUCAACAAGGACGCAAUGGAAACCCUGAGAGAUGCUCAGGGAUUUUGGCUCACAAAAUGCCCAACAUGCACCAAACAACACGCAGGAUCGUGGAAAAAAUGGAAGAUGAUCUAAGACACGCAAGAGAUCCGGCUCACAAGAUUGGGAUAAUGGAAAUGUACAUCGUACAACUCUGCGAACAUGCGGAGUGUAUCAUUGGUGGAUUUGAUACUUUGAAUGAUCGGCUUCAUGACUUAAGAAUGAGAGCUGAGAUAGGUGAAGAUACGUCAAAGGAAACCGAGGACAAGUUGAGAGUGGAUCUCAGUAAGACGAUCGGUGUCUUGGAUUUUUUGACACGCGACCUUGAGAGUAAGGGCAAAUCCCUUGAAAUUUUGCAAAAGAAAGUGUCAGAUUUGACACAAAGGAACGAUACGGUAGGUUUUACUAGUUACUUUUCCUAUGAAAAAUACAGCUGCGUCUUCAACAAAAAAAUCGCGAAGCAAAAAGAGAAAGGAGAAAUGAAGAAACAAAUUCAAGAGUUGACGGAGAAAGUUGAGAAGAAGGGAGCUGGAAAUAUUGAGGACCAACUUCAAGCCAAGAUCAAGGACUUGGAAGACGUGCUUCGCCAAAUGACAUUGAACUUGACGAAAGAACAGGCAAAGUCGAAGGCAACCUGUGACAAAUUGCACAGAAGAUCCAAAACACUUGGUGAAUCCCGCGAGGAGGCCAGGAAGCUGAGUAUUGCCCUGAAUGAGGAAAAGGCCAAAUACCAGGAUCUAUUGAGAGAUUACCGACGUGUUAGACUGGAAGGCAUGGAACCUCGGCUAGAUGAAUGGUCAGGCGAACCCAUUCCGCACUUUGAACACCGGAACAACACCAACUCGGAUGCAAUCAGAACAACUGAAAAUGGGAUCAGAGAGGACCUUCUAUUCGAUUCUUUCGAUGAAGAUUUCGAUGAAGAGAGUGGUGAAAACGACGAAUAAAAUACAUUUUGGCAUUUUCCAUAAUACCUUAAAAUCUGAUGCAGCUACUUUUUAAAAAUCCAUUUUAAUGUUACUUCUGAAAUAAACAAAAAUUGCAACGAAUUUCCAUUCCAUUGGUAAAACCUAUUUAAAGUUUUGAAAAUUAUAAUUUUUACUAAUAAAUCCUAUAAUCCGGAA